AUGGGUGCAGCGGACAGCAAGGCGGGGGCGGCCGCGAGUCCGUCGUCGGGGGAGAGGAAGGUAAAAUGGAAGGGGACCCCGCCCCCUCCCCAACAGCAGCAGCAGCAGCAGGGAACCCCAACUUCAUCGGGGGGAGGGGGCGGGGUCGAGAGGACCCGCGCCGCGGGGAGAGGGGGCGGGCGAGUCGGGGGAGGGGGCAAGAACGACCGGGUCUACUACGAGAAUCUCAACCGGGCGCGGAAGAACAGCAUCGAACGGAUCAGCGGCAUGCGACUGGCGGGCUGGCUCUCGCGCGAGGAGAGGAACGGGUCGGACGGCCGGGCGCAGCAGCAGCAGCAGGAGGCGCUACGAGGUAUCUCCCGCUCGGCCCCGCCUUCGCCCCACCCCACCGCCUCGCCCUCGCGGCAGCAGCAGGGCGGGUCUUCGUCGUCGCCCCGCAGCUCCGAACAAAACCAAAGAGCGAAGGCGAAGGAGAAGAGAGCGACGAGCCCAUCCCCCAACAAAAAGAACGAAAAGCGAAAGGGCGCGCCCUCCGCUUCGCUCUUUGGCGACAACGCGGGGGACGAUCGCGAAGGUGAAGCUGACGGCAGAGUGUAUCAUAAGGAAGAGGAGGAGGACCGAGUGAAGACGAAGACAAAGAAGAAAAAGAAGAAAACAAAGACUAAGACUAAGACGAAAGCGAAAGCGAACGCGGCGGCGGUGGCGGCGAGCGAGGUCGGUUCGGGGAGCGAUGGGCCGGAGGUGAGGCGGGAUGCGGGCGAUGAGACCAUCGGCGCAUCGCCAUCGUCAUCAUCGUCGUCGUCGGGAUCGCCCAAGCCGGACGCACCGCGAUCGCCCGCAAAGCAGCACAGCAGCAGCGACGGCGGCAAGUCGCCGAGGGUGAAGCGCAAGACGACGGCAAAGAAGAAGAAGAAGAAGAAAACGACGGAGACGGAGACGGAGACCAAGGCCAAGACAAGAAGCGUAGGCGGCAGUGGUGCUGAUGACGACCACCGUGUAGAGAAGACGACGAAGACGGAAGAAGAGGAACUGCGGGAGGCGUUCGAAGAACGAAAGCGAAAACGAAAGAAGAAGAAGAAAAUGGCGAAGCGGAAGCAGCGGGAGGAGGAGGUGCGAUCGCUGGAGCGGUGGGACUCGGACGUGCCGCUGUGGCUGAGCAAGGCCAUCGAGCUCGAGGAGGAGUGGGGCCUGCCCGUCAAGGGCCAGCGCUCGCAGGCGAAAAAUGUGGAGCAGGACGGCGACGACGACGACGAGCUGGAGCUGCUCUUCGACAAUCUGCUCCACGAGGUGACCUCCAAGCUCCAGCCGCCGGCGCCGCUCGUCCUGCCCACCACCUCGACCACCGUGAUGGACCGCGCCACUGCCUCCGCGCUUACGGUCGCCGCCACGCCGCCCACGCCCCGGACGACGGCCGCCGCCACGCCGCGCGCCGAGCCGUCACUCGCCCGACUUCCCUCGAGCACGACGACGCCGCGGCGGGAUGAGCCGAAGUGUGCCUCAGAGCAGCCCAGCGGCGCUCCGCUACCAGAGCAGACCGCGGGCAAGGGAGACGAUGUGGUCGCGGUGGUAAUGGACGACGAUGACGACGCCGACGAGGAGGAGCGCGACCACGACGAAGCGGUGAGGAGCGAUCAGGAAGAGGAGGAGGAGGAGGAGGAGGAAUGGGAAAAGGGACAGGACCCGGCGCUGGAGGAGCGGCAGGAGGAGCCGACAGAGCUUCGGGGCGCGGGGUGUGACGACCCACCGCCAGUAGCACUGCCGGCUCCGGAGACAGGCGACGCGACAGACGAAAAGAAGAACGAAGAAAAAGACGAGCGAAGAAGACAGGCGGAAGGCGCGGCCAUAACGACAACGACGACGACGAUGGCGGCGGCGGCAGACUCGAACCCUCCGGCCGAGCAGCAGCUGCGGGCGAAGCGGGCCUUCUCGCCGCGCAACCGGGAGAGCGUGCGGAACCUGGUCAACCUAUGGGAGCUCCGCGUCUCGCCCGCGGCCUCGCCCGUGCCCUCCUCCGUCGCCUCCUCCCCCUCGCGAUCCACCACCCGACAGAGGCCGCCCGCCGCCGCCACCCGGUUCCUCGACACUCCGCCGGGCUCACCGAGCAUCGCCCAGCGAUUCUCGGACGAGAGCGUGAAUGCGAGGAGUAGCACGAGCAAUCCAGGCUCGCUGGCGUUGGAGGGCCGCGGGCGGGAGCCGCGGAAGGGGGCGAGCCUGGGGCGGCGGGAGUGGCGCAACCUCAACAAGAUCCUGACCGCCAUCGACGAGGGCGACUCCUCCGACGUCGGCUCCAUGUUGUCCGAUCAGCGCAGUGGGUCGGGCCACUUCUUCUUCAAGAACGGCGGCAGCGGCAGCGUCGGCGGGCGAUCGUCAUCGUCGUCAUCGCCGCACGGCUGGCGCGCGUUUGCGCGAAGCGAGAGCGCCAGCAACUUCUCGUCGGGGAGCGACUCGGGUGGUCCAGGCAAAGGCAAGGCCAGCGAGGAAGGGCAGUCCUGCGCGUCGACGUCAGAGAGUGACUCCGAUCGCGAACGGACCGUCCAGCAGCACUCCCAGCAGCAGCCGCUCCCGUCGGGCACCACGGUGCUGCAACUGACCAAGCGCCUCAUGCACUCGCCCACCGCGCCACGAAGCAACGGCGAGUAG